AUAUUUGUAUAAAGCUUAAAAAAUUAUAAUAAAAUGAGUAGUUUAAAGAAUGAAAAUGAUGGCAGUGCACGUAGAAUGCCAUGAAAAGAAAAAUUUGAACUGUAAAAAUCAGUCUGUAAUAAAUAUAGACUGUCAUUGUGCACCAUUUGAGAAUAAAAAUUAUUUAGAAAUGAAGGAGCUUGUAUUUACACCAUCUGAUGUUCAAAAAAAUCAUUCAGAUCCUACUCUAAGUGCUAAAAAAUUGCCUAAAAAAAGAAAGUUUGACCCUUCUGAACUUGAUGAGUUGGGAAAAAUAAAUGAUAAUUAUGAAACUUUAAUCACGGGAAAUAUUAUUAAUAGGCCAUUGAUUCAAUCAACAGCUUUAUCUCUGUCAGGACAAUCACAAACUUUUUUAUCAAAAACGACUGAACUAUAUCAGUUGUCAACAGAUAUUAUUAUUCCACCUCAAAAAACUGCAGUAAAUUAUUCUUUAAGAGAUGAAUCCUUUCGUCACGAAAGUUAUAAUCAUCAAUCAGCAACUUCUACGAUACCUAUAGUUAGAGUUAAUAUUGAUUUAAAUGAAUGGAAAGACCAUCGCAUUUUAGCUCUCCGUAAUAAUCAUUAUUAUCCUGGAGUUAUAAAACAUGCAUCAGAAGAAACUUUAUUGAUUGAGUUAGAUACAGAAAAGGAAUUAAUAAAAUUUAAUAAUAUCCUUACCAGUAGAAAAUAUGACGUAAUAAGUGAUGCAUGUCCAUCGUCAAGACAAAUAUCUUUGGACACGAAAGUGUGCUUUCGUCAACCGAAUUUUGCAAAUCUUAGUGAGCAAGAAAAACUUACUAAUGUAUUUUCAAUUGGAAUUAUUUGUAAAAUAUUAGUAAAGCCUACACGAUUUAUUGUAGAAAUGUUAUCAAAUAAUGAAAACUACAUUGUUAGAAGAGCUGACCUAAGACUCAUUCGACCUCCGUGGUGGGACGAACUCGAAGAAAGUUAUGAAGAUAAUAGAACCCCGUGUUUAGGGUUAAAUGAAAAUGAUAAUACUUACCGUAAUCUUGAAUCGUCUGACUUAUUGCAAUCUGUUAAAUCAUCAGAAGACAAUGUUUAUGAAAAAAUAAAAUGUUGUUACCGAACUACUGGAACAAGUCCACUAAUUCCAUUAUCAGUAACUGUACAUACAUCAAACAUCUGUAGUAAUGCAGAGAGAACGUAUGAUGAUUUUGAAAGUGAAGAUGAUCUUGACAGAGAAGAUAUUGCUUUUCCACUUGAUCCAGAUAUAAAAUUAUCUGGUAGCAGUAAAAGAAGUAGUAUGCAAAGCCGCGGUAGCACUAGCAGCUUGAUUGAACAACGAAGUAUAACACCCCGAUCGCAAGCAACUACACCUAGAUCGCAGGCAGCUACACCUCAUAAAUAUAAAAAAGGAGAUGUAGUCGUUACACCGAGUGGUAUUCGUAAAAAGUUCAAUGGUAAGCAGUGGAGACGCUUAUGUAGUAAAGAUCCGUGUACUAAAGAAAGUCAGCGUCGUGGUUUUUGUUCUCGACAUCUGAGUUUAAAAGGAUCAGGAUUACGAGGACCAAGUGGAACUUUUUCUAGUAAAAUAGAUUGUGAAGAUACAUCACGAGAUUCAGAUACUUCUCCAAAUUAUGCCGAAAGACGAGUAACCGGCCGAUUCGACCAAGAUGAAACCGAAGCAGCUAAUAUGCUAGUAUCUCUUGGAAGUUCACGUUCGGCAACACCAGCAUUUUCUUCGCCUACUGGUCAAUCUUCUAUUAGUCCGUGUGUUAAUAUUUCACCGAUAUCUUCUUUGGGAUUAAAUCAAAAUAAUGUGUUUAUGCCAAUAUCUAAUCCUGGACAAAGUGUUGCACCUUUAAUAUCACCGAAUAUUAAUAAAUGGAAACAGUCGUCCCCUCAAACUAAUUUUUUUGUACAUUAUAAUGAUCAACCAGUUAUCAAACCAGAACCGAAUCGUAUGAUAUAUCCUUGCAGAACAUCACCCCAAAUUAUAAAUCCUACGAGUAUUAGUACUAGUGUAAUAAGAAUUUCACCUGUUGCAAAUCGCACGGUAAAUAGUAGUCAAAACCUAGAUCUUGCAUGGUCAAAACAUAACUCGACAAAGUACAGUAUACGUCCAUCUACAGUAACAGAACAACAUGCAAUUAUUCUUCAAAAUGCUCUAACAUCUGUUCAAAAUUGUUCGUCGAUUUUUAAUAUUUCUAGUUCGAAAAAUUCCAGUUGUCUACAAUCAUCUAAAUCACCAUUAAGAAAUAGUGUUACGGGGCAAAACGAAAACAAUGAUGAAUCUGUUGAUUUUAUACAAUCACCUUCAAUACAUAGUAAUGAAUCCUCUAUCUACUUCGCUAAUGGCAAGCCUGAAACUAAUUUUUUGGUAAUUAAGAAUAGUUCAGAUGUAUCUACGGUAAGUAAGAUUCUACAAGAAGAACCGUUCCAAUUAAAUAUUGAUAAUUGUGCUCUUAAUCAACCAAAUACGUGUCAAAUUGCAAAUCAGCGCCAACACCUACAUAAUCCAAAUAGUAUACAAGAUCAGACUAUAAAUGUCUCUGAGAGUUUCAUACGAUCAACUAAUAAAAUAUCAAUGUACCAGGAAGAUGAUCAUAAUGUUAAUAUUUCAAAUAUACGGAAAUCACCUAUAAGUGUUGUAGUUUCGCCUAUUUCUACAAACAAAAUUUCAACUCCAACCAGUAUUUUUCAACAUGUUAUAGUUCAACCAAAUGCACGAUCUAUUAAUGCAACAGAAGUAAUUAAUAAAGAUGAAAAUUCGAAAAAUAGUAUAUUAGAAACGAAUACACCAGAAAGAAAAGAUAUUAGUCUAUCUCUUUCUACUUUAAGUCCUCCUUUAAGUGCACCACCAGCACCUGUUAUUCUUAAUAACAUAUCAGAUGAAAAUCAAAUUACGGAAACCUUAAUACAGCAGCAAGAAGAGGAAGAUGAUGAUGACGAUGUGUUCGAAGCUGAAACGUCUACACAUUUAGAAAACGAAAAUAAUUCUAACAAAAGACGCUGUCAUUCACUUAGUGCAUUACAUUCGAAAGAACCUCAAAGUCCUACAAAGAUAAAGGAUAGGAUACGUCGUCCAAUGAAUGCUUUUAUGAUAUUUUCAAAGCGACACCGAGCUGUUGUACAUCAAAGACAUCCUAAUCAAGAUAAUAGAACUGUAUCUAAAAUUUUAGGUGAAUGGUGGUAUGCUUUAGGACAGGAAGAAAAACAAAAAUAUCAUGAUUUAGCUUCUGAAGUUAAGGAAGCUCAUUUCAAAGCCCAUCCUGAUUGGAAAUGGUGCAGUAAAGAUAGACGGAAGUCGUCAACAAAUAAUAAAUUGCUCGAGAUACGUGGAAAGUUGAAUAGUAGUGGAGAAGAACCCGAUAUGUCAAUAUCCGAUGAUGUUCCACUUACUCCACAAAUAAUCGAAGAAUCUAUAACUGUGGUAAAUAAAAUUUCGGACGAAAAAGAAAUUAAAGAAUUAAGUCAAAUGCAUUCUAAUCGUAGCCAAGAAUUUUCAAAAGAAAUUGAUCAAAUUGAAUCUGAGUCAAAACAAGAUGAUGAAACAAAUGGUUCCGAUGAAGAUCAAAUGGUUAUUUGUGAAGAAAUGCCAUUAUCUGAAAUUGAUUUAAAAUGUAAAGAUAAAUUGAUAGAUAGUGAUAAUGAAGGAAAUCAUAAAGAUCGUUUAAAAUGUUUUCAUUUUUGCUCUGAUCGUAUUUGUUUAAAAAAUGAUGACAUCACAUGUCGACCAAAACCAAUUAAAGCCCGAUUAUUAACAACUGAUGAAGAAUCUUCAAAAUAUUUUCAAAGUUCUAUCAGUGAAAGCGGAAAUGUACCAGUUCUUUCAACAAAUUAUCCAUAUUCCAGUCCAGUAAAUCCAACAGGUAUAUCUGCAUUUCAACCAACAGGUGGAGCUUUUAUUACUAUGCCAAUUUCUCCAAAAAUUAUUAAACCUGAAACAAUCAAAUAUUGUGAAAAACAAUUGACACCUAAUUAUGUACUUAAUAAUACUAGUUAUAAUAUGGAGAAUGAAAGAUCUUUAUACUCUACAUGUACUUCACGUAUUACAAAAUCAAACUUAGAAAAUCAAGAAUUACUUCAUUAUGCUACUCGAAAACACACUACACCAAUUGUACAAAAUCCACAAUUAACGUUAACCGUUCUAGAUGAUAAAUCUCUUACUAUUAAUAAUACUCAACAAAGUCAAUCAUAUCUCUCCACAGUUGUUCGUCCAAAAAUUUAUUGUGGCGUUCAUAUUCCUAUUACUGAUCCGAUAAAAAAUAGUAAUUCUCAAUGUAUUUCUUCUGAUAGAGUAGAAAAAAGUACUGUAAUUGUUAGUAAAUCAUUCAAUGUACUUGGUAAUGGUCAUAAUAUUGUAAAUUAUCAUACAAUUUAUCGUUCUCCAUGUCAAAUAAAUAGUUCAGAAAAACGAGAUAACGAAGUACCUAAUAUUACUCCAUUUUAUGAAAAAGUAGGUGACGCCGAAACUAUUCGAACUCUAGAUAAUAAACAUAAAAUUAUGGAAAUCACUGAUGAAUUAAAAAAAGAUUUUAAAUCAGAUAAACAUAUAAAUGUCUUUACUGAUAAUACGGAAGAUUUAAAUAAUUAUAAUGAAAAAAUAAAUAACUGCACAUUUAUGCUAGCACCUACACCUGCACAAUUAGGAAAAGCUCCUUUACAAAAAAGACAAUCAUUAGCAGGGCCUUGUUCAUCAAUUACAGCAGAUAAACAUUCGGAAAAUUUACCACAGAAUCUCGAUAAUUUAUCAUGUAUAAACUUGACACAUAUUACAGAUUCACACGACAAAAUUCUAUCUCUAACAGAUUCUUUAAAUUCGCCUACAAAUGUGAAUAAAAAGCAUUCUUUCUUUAAGAAAACCAUAGAGGAUGGCAUGGAUAGAGUUCUUGAACAAGUAAAUUUUCGAGAAAAAUUUUCAUCUUUACCUGAAUUCAAGCCAGAAGAUAUACAUAGUCCAAGUGCAAUCAGUUUAAAUACACCAACUACAACUAGCAAUUCGGUUAAUUUUCAGAAUUAUCGAAAAAAAACGUUACCAGCACCUCUUCGAUUAAUAGUUCCAAAGGAAGAUUCAGAUAGUUCGAUAUCUAUUACACCUAAUACAAAUACAAGUAUUAAACUUACUGGCAACACUUUUUUUGGGCCAGAUUUUAAUAUUGAAGAAUAUCAAUCAAAUUCCGAAUUAAAUGACAAUGACAACAACUCACCACAUACUCCAAAAACACCUAGUAGUGCUGUAACUAAUAUUGGAAGAGAAGCAGAACGUGGACAUAGAAAAGUACUUGAGCAACGGAGACAACUUGUUAUGCAGCUUUUUCAAGAACAUGGAUAUUUUCCAUCAACACAAGCCACAUCAGCUUUUCAAAACAGACAUUCUGAUGUUUUUCCAAAUAAAACAAGCUUACAACUUAAAAUUCGUGAAGUUCGUCAAAAACUAAAAGCUAAUUAUACACCUAUAAGUGCUAAUAAUAUGAUUAAUCUGCAGACUCAGUGUGAAGGGACUACAAAUAAUAAUAAUUCACCUAAUAUUUCAACUUGCAUAGGUGUCCCAUUUUCACUACCUGUUAGCAGUAGUGGCAGCUAACAUUCAGAAAUUGACUGUGAUAUUCCUGUAACGAAAACGCGUGCUAGACAGUAUGAGUGUGUUGUCAUACUAUGAAACUUGACAUCUGUAUUUUUCUCUUUAUAUUUUAUAA